CCUGACGUUGGUUUGAGCUGUUUCAUCACUGCGUUGAGAGCCGAGAGUAGGAGGAGGAGGAGGUGGUGGUGAGUGUUGUGGGCGGGUAACAAGGAGGAGGAGGGAGAGGGCAUUUGGUGGCUUGCCAGAAAGUGGCCCGCUUGGUCCAGCCACCGCCACCACUCUCUCAAAGAGGAGAGGAAGCACCGCGUGCUUUUUUUUUUCUAUGGAGAAGUACUCACGAAGAUGACCAUGAUCAGGACUAAAGAGGAAGAGAAUUGCACGAAUGGUCGUUCUUCAGAAAACCCCAUCCCAUCGCCAGUCGAUGGAUUCAAUCAACGGGCAGACACAUUCAGCAGUGAAGCCGAUGCCUUGAUCGAUAUUAAAAAGAAGAAAAAGCCCCCCAUCUUGAGAUCCAACACGUAUCAUCCUUCCUUAGCGAGGACUGGAGAAGUUGAGAAAAAAAACAAGUCCCCAUCAGUCUCUCCCCAGAACAAGUACACCAACCAGUUCCACAAGUUGUUCAAAGAAAUUCCAGAGGAAGAAGAUCCCAUUGAGACCUUCAACUGUGCACUCCAAAGAGACCUCAUAUUUCAAGGCCGAAUGUUUGUCUCCGAAAACUGGAUCUGCUUUUUCGCCAACUUCUUUGGGAAAGACGUAAAGGUUGCAAUUCCGGUGUUGACUGUGAAAGCGAUUAAAAAGCAGAGAAGUGCGCUUCUGCUACCAAAUGCCAUUGGCAUAACAUCUGCCUGUGAAAAACACAUGUUCAUCUCCUUCUUGGCCCGGGAUGCCGCAUACAAAGCCCUGCUGUCUGUCUGCAAGCAGGCCGAGGCAGUAAACGAAAACAGUUCCAACAACCUUGUACAACUUGGGCAGGAACAAGCCUCCAGCAACUGCGCCAGGCCUGAUGCCUUCAAUCCGACAACCACUGAUGGAUUGCGUCUUGAAUUGGUCCUUUCCAAUCAAACCACUCCAAGUACACAAAGCAGCAGCACCAGCUCUGUGUUUGAAGAGCAUGAAGAAAGCAGCCCGACAGAGAUCAAAUGGAAAAACGGUCUGCAUGAGCCUGAUGGCAUCUCAAGGCCAUCAUCAACCCAGACAGCGGAACCCCCAGCCCCCUCAUUUACCAGCAGACUCCAACAAAAAAUGUCGAAUCUCUUAAGUUCAACACCAAGGACAGAAGAUCAACAAUCAGUGCAUUACAUUCUGGUUGUGUGCACUUUACUGAUCGUCUUGCUUAUGGUGUCGUCUUGUUACAUGGCGGUGAAAAUAGCAUCUUUAGAGGCUCACCUGACUUCAAUCGGGAUGGGACCUGAACAGCAAUAUGUUCCUGGCCUACCCGACCGAAGCAAUUUGAAUCCCAUGUCAUCUGCUGACAAAGUUGACCUCACCAACAGUGAACUGAUGACUUCUCUGGCUACGCUAGGCAGUGUUAUAAAAAAUCUGGAUGAAUUGCUUGUUGAGCUACAGUCUCUGAUCACUACUGCUUCACUGUCAUGAUUUCAAGACCUUCUGCAGGCAGAAGAUUGUUGGGACCAUUGGGGCCAGAAAAAGAGGCCUGUCUCCAUAGCUGUAUUUAUGCACAUGAAGGGAUAUACUGAACUCCACGAUGAUUAGCAACAUUUUCAACCCAGGUUUAAAAAUCUGCAAGUGGAGCCAAUACAAUUCCAAUUGCAAUAAAUUAUGUAAAUAAUUACAACUGCCAUGGUGUAGUUGCAUUAGAUAUGUUACCACUGUAUACAACUCGGUGGAUAAUUUUGCUUAUGCAUGUGGAGUUAUCUCUUUCACAGUCUGCAGAAUUUGAGUGGUAUUUUCUAAGUUUACAUGUGAACAAUGACAUUCUAUGGCUCAGGGUACAGUGCCAUUGCUGGACUGGAUGUUGCUGUGCAUUCAUGUAUGCUUUAAAGUGAGGAUGUGCUAAUUGGUGCUGAUCGAUACUGACCUUUUUGUGUUGAAAUAUCCUGUAAAAGAAAUCCCCAGCAUGUGUGAAUUUGCAAUGAAGUCAUGAUAUUAGCACCUCACUUUCAGAAUACAGCUUAUCCUGCACUCGUUCAGCACUUAUCUGCCAUUGUGUACAUUACAAUUUUUACUGGGGACUUCUUUCCCAUUACAUUGUAUAAUGUACAAGCAAUAUCCUGAAAGCUAAUCAUGCCAAAAAUCUUUCAUUAAGAAUUUUUCUAAUUUCAAUAUCGAAGAAUAUUAGGAUUUAAUAAUCCAGACGACGUAGGAAAACAAUGUUUUACGUGCGCAAAUCAAGCUUUUUCACAUUUUAUUGAAAUAAGCCGUGAAAAGUGACUCGCCCGUAAUUUCAGAUUCACUAUUUUUAUCGCACAUUUUAAAUUUACAAUCAAGUGUCGGGAACAGUGCUCGUCACCUGUAAUGAGAAUUUGGUAAUUCAUUGUUCUCUUACAUUUCCGUAUCAAUUCCCAUUUAAACCUAAAGGUGCAAAGAUGUGGUCUGCAGCAAAGACUUGUGUGCUUGACAGCACGAUUGGUUGACAGCUCUUUAAAGUGCCUAUACUGUAUUUUUAAAAAAAGGCCCAUCAACAGCAAAAGAUUGUAAAUUAAGUAAAUUAUCAGUAGCGUUGCAGGUGUGCAGUGCAUAUGUGCAGAAGUAUAUCUGUUUGUUGAUGUGUUGAAUGCAUUUACAUCAGAACCAGUGUAAUUUCUUUAGCGUGUGUUAUUUAUGGAUUUCUCGUUAUAAUGAGUGAUGUAUGAUGCUUAUUUAUUUCACUUGGUGAAACAUACAAUACUGUAAUUAGCUAUAUGUUAUUAAAGUGUAAUUUAUGAAUAAAUAAAUAAUAAAAUUACUUUUUGUGUCACAUGCUUUGCAUUAAAAUAAUAAUGUGCCAGUGCUCUGCUUUGGGUUUGAGGGGAGGAGAUCUCUCCUACAACGCCUUGAAAGACUAGGCAAAGGAAGAAGUCGGUCAUUUCCUGGUCAUGAGCAUUGAGCCAGUGGGUAUCUCCCUGUUUACAGCCCUGCGGCUCGUGGUGAAAAUUUAACAUUCCAUUACGAUGGUGAGUUUAGUAAUAGGAUAACCACUGUAGGCUUCCCCAGCAAGUGUUAUUUCUUUUACAGAGCCUGGAUGGAUAGUGGGCUGAGUCAACUGCCAACCAGUAUUUGAACUCGCAACUUUCAGGAUCACGAGCAGCUUGCUCUACCACUGAUCCAUCUGAUAGGUGAUUUAUUUAUUUAGUAUGGUUAUGCUGUACUUUAAUCCAACCAACAGUUCAUAAUGUAGAACGUAUACAAUUACACGUGUGUACUUCAUCCAAAAUACUGUGCAAACAUGCCCGUAUUGAUGGUGAAGUGGUUAGCACACUGCGAUCUGAAUCCAGUUACCUGGGAUAGAUUCCCAGCCUUGGCACGCGAUGUUAGUGGCACGUGAUGUCUGAACUGAUCCUUGGCACAACCCCCCCCCAACCCGCCCUUCACCAACCUGCACUGACUAGCGGGAAGUAUGGAAACAACAACCCCAACCACAAAAGUCUGGGGAUGUAAAUUUGAAAAUGCACACUGUACAUUAUGACCAUGACUGUGGAAAGGCCUUCAUCCAGCAGUGUAUUGGCGUCUAUACUAUGUAUUAUACAGUAUAGAUCGCUAGUCCACUGAGUGAAAACAUGAAGCAAAUGUGACCGACCAACAUUUACAUGGUGUGAUAUUGUAACUUUUGCAAUUUUUAAACAACGCUGCCUUAUGUGGUUAAAAUAAGUCGCGUUUUCAACCGUUGAACUAAUCGUGAAAAAAUAAACAUUGAAACUUCCUCUGAUUCACAA